AUGGCCGAAUUGAGCGAGAAAGGCCCCAUCACCCCGCCGGGCGCGACUGACACGGAGGCUGGGAUACCGCCCAACAUGGCCGACGUCAAAGAGAAACUGGAGCGCAGCUCCGUCGCGCCGCCUCCUGUCGGCGUCGACACCAUCGUCGCCCGCGAUGGUAUUCGCUUGCAUCCACAGCCUACCGCCGACCCGAUGGACCCCCUCAACUGGACAUCCCUGCAGAAACACAGCAUUCUCGCCGUCAUCAUGUUCUUCUAUUUCAUGUUCACGUACAUCACCACGACCACGGUCCCAUCCUUCCCCGACCUGCAAGAAACCUACGCCAUCUCCUACUCCCAAGUCAACUGGACUGUCGCCAUUCCGGCAUUGGGGCUGGCCGUCGGCCCGCUGAUCUGGUCGAGCCUGGCUGACAUCUACGGCCGGCGUGUCGUCUUCCUGAUCGGCACCGUCAUGGCCUUCGCUGCCACGAUCGGCGCCGCAGAGGCCAAAGGCUAUGGCGGCUACAUGGCGGCAAGAUUUUUCCAAGGGCUGGGCACCAGCCCUGCCUCGACUGUCGGGUUGGCGGCCAUCAACGACAUGUUCUUCGAACACGAGCGUGGCCAGAAGAUUGGUCUGUGGGUGCUGGCGAUCGACACCGGUUUGCUGGUCGGGCCAAUAUUCGGCGGCUUCCUCAACAUCGUGUCCGCGGCCUGGAUUCAAUGGUUUUGUGUCAUCUUGUUUGGCGUUCUGUUUCUCUUGGAGCUGGCGUUCAUGCCGGAGACGCUGUACCCGCGGAACCAUAUGCUGACCAAGAUGCCCAUGGUGGGCGACGGAGAUCAGAUGGUCGCCGACUUCGAGAAAGUAGGGCGUCGACGCAGCGACCCGAGUGUGGUGAACUUGCCGCGCACCAAGAUGUUGCCGUUCAUCAACUGGAAGCCGGUUCCAGGAAUGCAGCACCCAAAGCCAUGGGAUGCACUGAUCAGGUGCGUGCUCAUGUUCAAAUUUGCACCCGUGGUGAUUGCGGUGGCAAUAUAUUGCUAUUUGUGGUAUUGGUGGAUCUUGUCGGUCAUCACAAUGCUACCGGCCGCCUACAUCGACUAUUCGCCACAGAUCCAGGGCUUGUUGUUCAUCGGUCUGCUCCUCGGAACACUGUUUGCAGAGGUGGCUCUGGGCGGCAGCCUGUCAGAUAUGAUCUGUGCUAGGCUGACGAAGCGGAAUGGCGGAGUGAGAAUCCCGGAGAUGAGGCUGUGGUUGAUCUACCCUGCGGGCUUGUUGACCAGUAUCGGCCUGAUCAUCUGGGGCAUCAGUGUGGACAGAGCAUAUCACUGGAUGGUGGGCCAGGUGGCCUUCUUCUUAUUCGCGGCUGGUAUCCAAACGGGUAACACGAUUGUGGCCACUUAUCUCGUGGACGCCUAUCCGUUGCAGAGCAUGAGCGUCGUCACCUUCUAUGCCGUGUUCUUGAACUUGUCGGCGUUCAUCGAUCCUUUCUUCAUUGCCCCUUGGCAAGCCGGCUCCGGCUUCACAUGGUGUUUUGCUGCUCAAGGCAUCAUCACUGCCUUUGGUGCCAUGCCGCUGUUCGCUCUGCUGCAAAAGUAUGGGCCGCAACUCAGGCAGAAAGUUGGACAGCCUAGCUGGGUUAAUCCCGAGUUUGACACAUUCUUAAGCUGA